GGUGGUGGUAGCGCCCGUCAGCUUUCUGUGGAGAGGUGGACGCGCAGCAGAGGGCUCAUCAUGGCACCACUUGGACUAAAAGCCAUUGUUGGAGAAAAGAUAAUGAACAAUGUCAUCAAGAAGGCGAGAGAAAAAGGAAAAUGGAAGGUGCUGGUGGUGGACAAGCUGAGUAUGAGGAUGGUUUCCUCGUGCUGCAAGAUGACAGAUAUCAUGUCAGAGGGAAUCACUAUUGUAGAAGACAUAAACAAGCGGCGUGAGCCUCUGCCAAGCAUGGAGGCCAUCUACCUAAUCACACCCUCAGAUGAGUCUGUUGAGGGUCUGAUUGAUGACUUCAGAGACCCACAGGCUCCUAGGUACCGGGCAGCUCACGUCUUCUUCACAGACACGAUCCCAGACUCAUUGUUUGGACUGUUGACCAAAUCCCGCGCCUCCAAAGCCAUGAAGGCCUUGACUGAGAUCCACGUCGCCUUUCUGCCCUAUGAAUCUCAG